AGUUAAACUUUGAUUUAACGAUCCAAACACUCGCUGUCAAGCCCAUAUCAUAUUAAACGAAACUAAAAUUAAUUUGGGAGAAAGUUUACUUUAUGACAUAGAAAGCCACAGAAACCCAAAACCAAAAGUCAAAAUUCACUUUAUUGUCAUAUAGACACGGUUCACUUUCCUUCAAUUGUAUUUCUCACGAAACACAUAAAUUCUAGAAGUCCAUCGCGUUCAAAUCCCCAUUUGUAUCAAGUCGCGAGGUGAACGCCAUGUCAGCAUGGAAGAUAGCCCCGUGUCGAGCACCGGGUAUCCCCAAAUUGGAUGAGCAGGAGGAGAGCGACCUGGUGUCCAGCGGCAUAGAUCCCAGCGACGCAGAGGAGGAAACCGAUCUGGAUGCCGCCUACGAUGAGCUGGAGGAGAUGAAGCAGCGUCUGAUCACACUGCGUAAUAAGAUAAUAAUCACAAAUCCAGAUGCGUGCCAGGAUCUAAAAAUUCGGGAUCUCUGGACCCCAGAGGGCGGGGAACUGCAGGAGUUGCGUGACCAGAAGUGCCAACUUAUUUGCCAACUUCAAGAGGCAACCCAGCACCUGAAGGACUCCCAAAAUGAGCUCAAGGAACUGGAGACUUGGCGAUGCCACCUCCAAUUACGCAUCCAUCAGGCAAAGCGGCAGCUUAGUCAGUUCGAGAACUUCAAACUGAAGGUUAUCCACCAAUUCGGGCUGUGCAUCGAGCGUUGGGAGAACCAGAAGACAUGCAAACUGGACUGCACCACGUACCGCAAGGAAAUGGCGGCCCACAUCCUUCACGCGGACAACUCCCGAAAGAGCGUGGUGUACCAAAAAUGCCACAAGUCCUACAGACGCCGCAUCCGCGUCGAGCUUAUGCUGGUCCGCGUUUUCCUGCACAAUCUCUUCGAGGCGAUGGUCAACGACUUUAGGUUCUUUAGCCGCCACAUGAGCAUUAACUUCUCCGUUGGAUCCACAGACCACACAGUUCCGGAAACUCCAAUCAACACUGUUUCUUCUUCCGACCAGGAGAGCCGCAAAUAAAUGUUCCAACAAUUAAUGCUUUAAUUUACAUUUUAUUUUCGCGGGCCCUCUGCUUGUAAUGGCCUGGGAAAUGUCGCCCAAUUAAGGUUAUUGAGGUUCCGCGGACCUAAUGGCCCUUUUGUGGCCAAUAAUAAUUACAAAAUUUCAACUCGAACGGAACCGUCGCGGCCAUCAUUAAAGCCUAGCUAUCACGGACUUUCCGGUUGCCUAAUCCGACUUUCGACGUCAGCCAAAUGUGCUGGCAUUCCCACCAGGAUAAGAUGGCUAAAUACGAAACGGCAUCAGAUAAAAACAAAAGCAGAUUUGUCUUUCCCCAUCCUCGCUUCGAAUCGAGGCAAUCCGCACCACACACUGAAACCGAACGGAGCUAAGCUGACUGCCUCGGGCUGAAGGCCAGCAGCCAAGGCUGAAAUCCUUAUCCUGCUUCAACUCCUGCUCCAACUCCUGCUCCAUUUCCUAUUCCAGCUCCCAUAUCCUUUUCGGAGGUUUUCGAAAUGCGUAAAAACUCAAUUGCUGCGCAUUUGACGAGGAGGUUGGCGAAGGGGGCCUGGAAUCCGGGAUCGACAUGGGUCCCGGGUUGAGUGAGAUGCUAGAUAACGCCGAAAUGGAAUGGCGGGGAAUGGUCUCCGCUGGCGAAAACGAAUUUAUUGGAGUCAUGUGCUAAUGCCAAUGCCAAAUUGCAAGGUUACAAGCGUUUAGAGGCCGGCUGCUUUACCAACUUCCCAACUUUACCACGAACGUUACAUACUCUAACAAUUAUGAAAUACUGAAAAGUACUUAAGAAAUAUAAUGAAAUAUGAUGUUGUUGUUUGAUUUUGAUCAUAAAUCUAGAUGCACGUAAUUUAAUAUAAUGUUACUCCCUCCAUUUCCUCUCUAAAAUCAGAUUUUAUUGAAAUCGAUAUUUCGAUUUUCAUUGCUGAAUUUGACAUUUAAUAAAAUCAAACUUCCGAAAUUAAUCGUAUUAAUGUACUAAUUUUCAGUUCAUUAAACCAAAUAUAGUAUUAUAUUUCGAAAUAUCCUUUCCAUAUACCAAUAAUCACACAUACACCCACCAGAGGAGAGUGCGCAAGCAGAGAUGGAACAUGUAGAUACACGAGUACAGACACUGGCACAGGACAACGACAUCGGACUGCUGGCGUUACAAGGCUAAAACACAGGAAACGCAUUAGAUACCUCUGCCCGAUUCGCCAGUGGUAGUGCGAGCAAGGGACUCCCCUCUAUUCCGAGCCCCAACGAUGGGGCUGGGCUGGCGCGAUAAAAAUCUGCGUAAAGUGAUGCGGCAAUUUGAUGAGCAACUAAGUUGGACAAUUAGUUGCGAGUUUCUGUGCGUGUCCAGCUAAACUGUUGCUGGAAGCUGGGACACAGAUACCUAACUAUUUGCUGGUCAGGCGGUGCAAAUGGUAUUGGAAAAGAACGAAAAGUUAGCAAAGUGAUUUAUUGGGACAAUACAGAUACAGAUAGUGCUGGAUUGAUCGGCAAUUUUCAGGCCAAUUUCCACACAAUUCCCAUUCACAUGACCCCUGGCACCGCGAUGACAUUCGCUUCUAACGGAACUCCGGCUACUUAGCCAUCGCCAGGGGUUUGGAUUCGUGCUCUUGCUGCUCCACUGAACUCUUUGACAAGCCCGAGAUGCGGGGAACAAAAAGAAAUGAGGCUCACCGACUUGCUAAUAAGCCGAUGCCGACCAAAAAGAAUGAAAGGAGCUGAGCAGAACAAACGGGUUGCCCCGAGCUGCUCCCCAGCAAUUUCAAAGAUACAUUUCGAGUGCCCAAGUUUGCUCUGCUCUUCGCAGUGUGUGCGAGCUAACCGCAAAGUACAAAUAAUUUCCAUUUGGCCAAGGCGGCGGCAUUUGCAUAUAUCUCCAGCCCAGCCUCGAAAAGACAAACAUGCCCGUCGGCCAGUAUUUAAAUAGCUGGCAGAUACGUCUACUUAUAAAUACUUUUGUCGUCUUCGCUGGCAAACGAUACGGCACAAGUUGUAGAUAAAUAUGGCAUAGAUUACAUAACUAGUUCUGCUCUGCGCCGCUAGAAACUUUUUCCGUUUGCCCGCAGACGCCACAAAUACAUACAUCGGAUAUCCCCAGCACAAGAACCCAUAAGCAUAAGAAUCUGAGUAUCUUCUGUUUACAUGGCGGACCGUUUAUUUAUGAAUUUGUCCACAGACUCACAUUCCGCCCGAUGACAAACGUAGCUUGAAUGCGGCAUUCUCACCCUGAAGCUUUCGAUGGCGCCGUGGCUUAGUUGGUUAAAGCGCCUGUCUAGUAAACAGGAGAUCGUGAGUUCGAAUCUCGCCGGGGCCUAACCCUUAGAACGCUGAUUCUGGGGUGUUUAUUUUUUUUAGCCCCUAUAAUAACCGAUAUUUGCUGUGCUCCUAACGACUGUUUGUAGUUGUUGCCCUCGACAGAUGGCACUGUGCUCCAAUUGCGGCAAUAAUUGUUUCAAUAAUCAUUAAAAUUUAAUUGUUCUGGUGGGCAAUUCACCACCCCCAAUGCAAUCAAGUACUUCGCGUACAGAAAGCUUUAUGAAAAGCUCAGCGACGGACGGACAAGUUUUUGUAUAGAAAUU